AUGUGGAAAAACUUCAACCUGAAGUUGUCACUUGUAGCACAUCAGGGAAUUCACACUGGAAAGAAACCCUUUGAAUGUAAUGAGUGCAGAAAAGUCUUCAUGUGGAAGAGUCAAUUGAACAAACACAAGAGAAUUCACACAGGAAAGAAACCCUUCAAAUGUAAUGAAUGCCUGAAGUCUUUCCAUGACAAAUAUCAUCUUACUAGAAUUCAUACUGGAAAGAAACCCUUUGAGUAUAAUGAAUGCAGGAAGAAUUUUACUCAGAGAUCAUCACUAACUUCACAUCAAGGGAUUCAUACUGGAGAGAAACCCUUUGAAUGCACUGAAUGUGGGAAAGUCUUCCAUUUCAAAUCUCACUUUACUGUACAUCAGAGAAUUCAUACUGAAGAGAAACCCUUUGUAUGUAAUGACUGUGGGAAAAACUUCAGCCAGAAGUCAACACUAAUUUCUCAUCAAGUGAUUCAUAGUGGAGAUAAAUCUUUUGAAUGCAUUGAAUAUAGAAAAACCUUCUGUUUCAAAUCUCACUUUACUAUACAUCAGAGAAUUCAUAGUGGAAAGAAAACCUUUGAGUGUAACAAAUGUGGAAAAGCCUUCUACAGCAAAUCCCACCUUAGUGUACAUCAGAGAAUUCAUACUGGGGAGAAUCCAUUUGAAUGUCAUGAAUGUGGGAAAAACUUUAGCCAGAGGUCAUCUUUUAUUUCACAUCAGUGCACUCAUACAAGUUAA